UUUUUUUUUUCUCAAGAAACAAACAUCUUGAAUUCACAGAAAAACAGAAAAGUUUCUGAAAAUGAGCCAGAAGAAAGACCAGCCUUAUCAUGUCUUUCACAAACUUCCUCCCGGUGACAGCCCGUACGUUCGCGCCAAGCAUCUCCAGUUAGUUGAGAAGGACCCAGAAGCUGCUAUCGCUUUGUUUUGGAAGGCGAUAAAUGUAGGAGAUAGAGUAGAUAGUGCACUUAAAGACAUGGCAGUGGUUCUUAAACAGCAAGAUAGAGCUGAAGAAGCCAUUGAAGCUAUAAAGUCUUUCAGGGAUCGCUGCUCCAAGCAAGCCCAAGAAUCACUAGACAACGUCCUCAUUGAUUUGUACAAGAAACGUGGGAGAAUCAACGAACAGAUAGAACUAUUAAAGCAGAAGCUUCGAAUGAUUUAUCAAGGAGAGGCCUUCAAUGGAAAGCCUACUAAGACAGCACGUUCUCAUGGAAAGAAGUUCCAAGUCACCGUCAAGCAAGAGACCUCCAGGAUACUGGGAAACUUGGGUUGGGCAUACAUGCAACAAGGAAAUUACAUGGCGGCAGAAGUCGUAUAUCGUAAAGCUCAGCUUAUUGACCCUGAUGCCAACAAAGCCUGCAACUUAUGCCAUUGCCUGAUCAAGCAAACACGAUAUACUGAUGCACAGUCAGUUCUCGAAGAUGUAUUGCAGGGUAGAUUAUCAGGGUCUGCUGAUCCCAAGUCUACUAACCGUGUCAAGGAGCUCUUGCUAGAGAUAGAGCAGUUGCAAUCCGGGCCCUCAUCUUUAACUACAAUAAUACCGAACUUAGAAGGUGCAUUUUUGGAGGGCCUUGAUGAUCUGGUGAACCUUCAGACCAAAUAUAGAUCACGAAGACUUCCCAUCUUUGAAGAGAUCUCUCCUUUUAGAGAUCAAUUAGCUUGUUGAUUAUGUGUUAGCUUACCAACUUAUAGUUUAGGCUGUUGAGCCUGAAAAGAAAUUAUAAGUUAGGACUAGAGUCUGUAUACAAACAAAAACACUUAAAAAAGUAACUCUGUAAAUCUUCCUCAUUGUUCUUUGAAAUAAAACUGCAUCUGUCAAUUGGAUGUAGCUGUGGCUGAGGCCAUGCUAUAUAAGCGAAAUUUCUUGUCCA